GACAUCGAAGUGACAGGGCAUUCGAGGUGACAUUAAAUAAGUCUAAAAAAAAAUACAGGAGAUCGUAAAAAAAGAAAAAUGAAGCGUGCUUGUGGUUCAGAUGUGCCUAUCAUUAAGAAAAUGGUUUCCGACGAACUUGAAGAUUCAAAUGCCAAAAACGAGCCGUGGCCGUCGACGGAGAAUGGUGAACCAGUGAAACAGGAUGUGGUUUCUGCUCCGAUUCCAGGUGGAACUGAUGAUGCCGCCAUGGCUCUGAUUUCUAAUAUUUCUUCAGAAUUAGCUGCUCCCAUGGCAGCACCUAAUCCUUUUAUUGAACUAGCUGCUAUUGAUGGGGAAAAAAGUGUCCAGGAGAGACAAGAUUCGGUUCUAGCUUCGAUCUCGGUUUUUUCUGAUAACCAGCUACGAGCUGCAAUUGAUGAGACCCUCCAGGCUCCAUGUUCUUUUGGUAAGCCAGAUGCUAUUGAUGGGAAAAAUAGUGUCCAAGAGGAUCAAAAUUCGGUUCUAGCUUCGACCUCGGUGGCUAUUGAAGAUCCCAUUUCGUCUUUGGAUCCUUCUGUUGAAAUUUUCGCUGACGAGGAUCGCAUCCAAUCUUCUGAUCCUGAUUCACUUGCCGUGGACACCAGCGGUAUAUCAAUGACCUUUAUGAAUGAAUCAGAGGAUAAUUCCAGCGAUGUGAGUGAACUUGGGCAUCAGAUGGAUUCGAGCGGAGAACUUUCCGUGGACACCAGUAAGGAAAUCGGCAAAGGGAGCGAGAAAUCGACUGAUUGGAAUUUGGACAUGAACCGCCAACUGCGCCAGUGCUUGGUCCCCAAGGACGCCCCGAUGGUCCUUAAUGAGUUAAAGGGUGUGAUCAUCAGCCGCAUUGCCAAUAAACGCUACCAUGACGGUCAGUUCACGACCCAUUUGACCGUGAACUCAAAGCAGUACUUUGGCGAGGGUCCUUCUGUAGCCUUUGCCAAAAAAAGAGCCUGCGAGAAGGCUUUGCGCGGCAUAAUCAUUGACAAACUCACCGCUAUGCAACAUAAUGCAAAUGAAAUAGAAGAAGAUGAUAUGCCCAUGAUAGAGCUGGCCUCGUUUGCCCUUUACAAACUUUUUAAGGAGUGGAAGAUGGAAGGUUUCCAUGUUCCAGAGCAGUCGGAUGAACGCUCGGAGUUACCCUUCGGUUGGAAGACCAUGCAUCCCGGCGUGGUUCUUUCUCACUUACGCCCAAAUUCUAUUUACGAAUAUUUGGGAUGCACCGGCAAAACGCCGAAUGAGGUGUUCGAAAUGGGAAUCGUGGUGGACGGCCAAGAAUACAAAGCCAAAGGGACAUCUAAAAAAAAUGCUCGCCACAAUUUGGCUGCCCUUGUUUGCAACACAAUUUGUAAAACCAACUUUUCCAAUGGUGAUUAACGUUAACAAGUCAAUAGUAAAUUGACAUAAAACAUUUAAGCUAUUAAUUUGUUUAACUAA